UCUCUCUCUAUCUCUCUCUCUCUCUCUCUCUCUCUCUCUCCUUCUGCUUCCUAGCUCGAGAGGACUCUCUCUCUCUCUCUCUCUCUCCUAGCUCGAGAGGACUCCUAUAAUAGGUGAACAACGGAACAGACACGCAUACAAGAGCAGCAUCAAAAUUACGGCAGAAGUGUAUUCUGUGCUUGAUCGCUAAGUGAUGGGAUUGCCACAAUUACCAACAACAGAGGAUGAAAGUUCUGUUUUGGUUUCUUACGACUCAUGGCUGUUAAAACAUCCUUCUGCCUUGGACACAUUUAAUCAAAUGUUGAGCAUCACGAGAGGGAAGAAGAUAGUUGUAUGUUUGGAUUACGAUGGAACUCUAUCAAAUAUCGUGGACAACCCUGAAAAGGCUUUUAUGACCGAUAAGAUGCGUAUGGUAUUGCGUGAAGUUGCACGGCAUUUUCCCACAGCAAUUAUAAGUGGAAGGGGAAGAGAGAAGGUGUCUGAUUUCGUUGACUUGGACAAUGUUUACUAUGCCGGAAGCCACGGUUUGGACAUAGCAGCUCCAUUGCGGUCCCCAACCUAUGGAGAUCCCAAGCACCAAAGUAGAGCUCUUGACAGAAAGGGUAAUGAAGUAGUUCUCUUCCAACCAGCAAAGAAGUACUUACCUGCUAUAGAAAAGAUUUUAAGUACGUUAAAUGAGAAGACUAGAAGCAUACAAGGCGUGAUGAUUGAAAACAACAAGUUCUGUGUUUCUGUACAUUUCAGACACGUUCGAGAUGAGGAUUUUUGCACCCUUGAGAAGCUGGUAAAUUCUGUCUUACAAGAAUAUGAAGAGUUUCGCAUCUCCAUAGGAAAAAAGGUUUUUGAGAUACGCCCGGAUAUGGAGUGGAAUAAAGGUCAUGCUCUAAAUUAUUUUAUUGACACAUUAGGGCUCGGCAGCUCCAACGAUGUCCUUCCUUUGUACAUUGGAGAUGAUAGAACUGAUGAAGAUGCAUUUAAGGCCAUAAGAAAUAGAGGAGAAGGUUUUCCAAUUGUUGUUUCUUCCAGUCCAAAGGACACCGCGGCUUUAUACUCUCUACGGAACCCAUUGGAGGUCAAUAAAUUCUUGAUAAAUCUGGUUAUGUGGAGGAAAAACUCUUCUUCCAGCAAGUCUUUAUGUCAGAAUUUAGAGGGGAAAACCCGAAAAGACUGGCUACUAACGCCUACAAGCUGCGCGGAGCAGAGGACAUUCGACCCUUUAUACUCGGUCGGAACGCGAUACUGGGACUGUAAAACUUGAUGUGUAUAUUUAACACAUUCAUACAAAGAGGAACAUACAAAAAGUAAGAGGAGGAAAUUAGAAGCGCAAGAGAUUUGGAGAAUAUUGUUGAGCAAAUUAAUUGAUUCCUUGUAAACAUUUGUUUUUGUUAUUGUUUUCGUUUUCCUUUUCUGUGACCCACCCAGUGUGAAGUUUUGUUAAUGAGAGAAGAUACAAUUGGUAAUAUCAUCAAGCGGAUUUGAAGAGUAUUUUAGAGAAAUUUGAGUUA